AGGACGAUGCUGAUCCUUGUUGGACUGGUGGCAUCAGGAAAGUCCACAUUUGCUCAGGCACUCGAACAUCACUUCCCGCAAUUUCGCAGGUGUAAUCAAGAUGAGCUUGGGACGAGACAGCGCGUCGAGAGUUUAGCUCACCGCACGCUCCGCGAAGGCUUAUCGCCUUGUAUUGACAGGUGCAAUUUCGAUGUGAUACAGCGAUCCCACUGGAUCAACAUCGCUCGCCAGUUUCCUGGUACUUCGAUCAGCGUUAUUGUUUUUGAUACCCCCUAUCAGGUCUGCUCCGCCCGUCUUCAGGAACGUACUUCACAUCCAACUAUUAAAGACCCUCAACAAGGUCAAUCUAUUCUGGCUAGGUUUGCGUCAGACCUUCAGUUCCCGCAACCCAACGAAGGGCAUGAUCAUAUUCUUUACUUAAAGCCUUCGGACCACCCUCAUCCCGAGUAUACGGGCGAAGACAUUGGUUUGAUAUUACAACGGCUCCAAGCUUCU